AUGGAACAAGACCCGGUAGAACAAACAUACAUUUCACAAGGAACACCUGAGGUUACUACGGAUACAGAUUCUGAUAAAGAAAUGGAAAACUGUGGCCCCGAAAAAUCAAACAUUGAUCGUUGGGCCUCACUCGAACGAAUUCGGGAGGAAACUCGAAUUGUAGUAUUAGACUACCUAGGUUCGUUACCAGCAGAUAGGCUGACUGCUAGGAACUUUACAAAUUCUGAGAACAGGGCACCUUAUCUUAAAAGAGCUAUAAUUGGCCUGUCGAAGAGUGCUAGCGAUGCCGGAGCUUACGAAUCUAAGAGGAAAAAAUUUUUGGAAAUGGCAAAACUACAGCGAAAGUUAUCCUUGAACUUGAAGAGAGACAUUGAAACAUUUGACCAUAACAAACUCAGAGGAAGAGCAGAGAAGAAAAUGUAAGUUGUCGGUUUUGUUUGAACGUUUUAAUGACAAGUCUAUUGCGCAGUACACUAUUUUCAGGUGUUUUAACAUGACGUUUUGGGGGUUCAGAUGUUUCCUGGUUAGAUUCUCUGAUAGUUUGCGCUUGUAAACACAACUCGAACAGCUGGGUGAAUCAAUCAGGAAAGACAGUAAAAUGCGACUGUCUGAAUCUCAUACGUGUGAAUCUCAGAUCGUGACGCAUCCAUGUAUUUGAAGUGCAGGAAACUCCACAAAAUCGCCACAUUUAUAAGACUAUUACAAUGGUUCAAUGGUUCGAUAUACCCCCCUGCUAUCAUUCGGAACUUCAAGGAAAGUAAGAAUUAUUGCUAAGCCCACUGAAUCACGCACUGCAUUUUAAUUUAGAGGAAUGAAUAGGAGUGUGAUUUUCAAACUACCUCUUUUAACUCAAUCAAGCCUUCAUUUAGUAUAAGAAUUCCUUUUCUUGACUUCUUUUUUUAAAAAAAACGUGUCUUACGAGCCGCCACUAAGGGUGAUGAUAAAAACGGUUGGGCACUUUAUGGUUUUAAAAUGUCUGGUAAUUAGUGGAUAAUUUACAUAUAAUGACAAACAGGAUAGUCUUAUUGUCACAUUUCGCCCUGUGCUUGUGUCUAUCUCUUGAUGCAAGUCAAGAGAUAUGGAUUUGGAAAUAAUGUUUAUUUUAUUUACUUCACUUUAUAUUUAGUAACAUUUAGUCUUUUUGAGUUAUUUAUUUCUUUUUAAUUUUUUAUUAAAAAAAAUUUUAUAAAUACUUUUCAUUAAAAAAGUAUUUUGACUAGUCUCUGAUGAUGACUUUUGCUUGUUUUUUUUAAAAUGUCAAUCUCAUCUCUGCUAUUAAAAUCAGUGCUUUUCUAACCAGGCAAUGAGGCCACACAUUUGGUUGUUACUUAUGGGCUCAAAAAAUUUACUAUUAGCAUUAACAUAAGUUAUAAACAAAAGUUGGAAUCAACAUCAUUCUUGUUUGUUUGAAUAGGGAUUUUUACAAGAGACCAAAUGAGCUCAAGCUUCCACCGCUUUCAUGUAAAUCUUGCUUUGAUCGUGACCACACUCCUUCACCUGUGUUAUCUCCCGAGGGUCGUGUUGCUGCACGACUGGACAAGAUCAGUCAAGAAAUUAUGGAAAUGGUGCCUAAUUUAUUAGAUGAGCCCUUGAAAAUGAUUCAAGCAGAAUCUCUGUCAUACGAACAAUUUUGCAAAGCUGCAAGACAUCUUACCUUUGAUCAUCACAUUGUUGGCUGGUCAAAGGUUGCACUAUUGUGCCAUUUUGCUCGUGAAAUAGCCAUUAUUGGAGAGUUAGAUGAUAAGCAGCUUGAGCAGUUAGCUGAACACAGCUUAAAGUUUAUACAAGAGAGUACAGCUGAAUGGAUAGAAAAGAAGGGAGGAUGGGUAAGUACCUAAAAAAUAUAAAGUAGAUCCUUGCAAACUCAAAUUCUUAAAGGAACCAAAAAAUGGCUUAAGUUACAAGGCUGUCUUUAAGGUUUGAUGUAGGAGGGGGAAUGAAAAAAUUAGCCAGGGUACAAACUGCUCAAGGAAGGGGUAAGGAGCAGGAAUAGAAUUUUGGGGCACAAAAAGAACUUUUUGAGAGAUUAGAUGAUAGAUGACUUGGGAUUAAUGUUCAUACUUUGUAUGAUUCUUAGUUACUUUAUAGACUGAGGUAUCUCUGUGUUUUAACUUAUUUUUUUCUAUAUAUUUUUAACUAUAGAUAAUAAAUGUUUUUACUUUUUACUCUUCCUAGUUGUUUUAUGAUUACCUAGUUGAUGUUUUAGCACAGAGGGCCACUAGUUUAUCCGUUAUACUGUCAUGUGUUACCCUCUCUAAAUAAAGUUCUUACUUACUUACUUACUUACUAACAAAAUACAGUUCACUUUGGCUGGAAAAUGUUUUGGCCUCCUUAGAUCAUAUAUCUCAAUACCAGUGGCAGAUCAAGGGGAGGGGCCUAGGGGGCUCAGGCACCCUCCUUAUUUUGGUGAAAGAAAAAAAAAAAAAAAGGAAACGCAGAAGGAAGAAAAGCCAGCAGGGCAAAAAAAAAAGCCCCCCUUCCUUAGCUCAAGGUCUGGAUCUGCCACUGAAUGCUGUGGCUUUACUUCAUUUCCAAUAAUGGUGGAUUUUAGUUUUGAGUAUGAAACUGAAAACACCUUCCAUAUGUUGUUAUCAGGUUAUUAUGACCUUAUAGUUUUUCAUGCUGUUUAUUGUGGGAUUCAGAACAAUGUCACCCACUUAUUAGGAAGUAAUUAUGGGGGAAAAAUUUAGGACUUUGACAACUGACUGCUUAAUACAAGGUCAUUGCUUAAUAAGGUGUUGCUUAAUACAGGUUCAUCUGUUGUUAGUCUUGACUGUACCAGUUUCCAGGUUUUAACAAUCCAUCCUACAUUUUGAUCCCAAUAUUAUCUGUUAAUCUUAGGCUGCCUUUGAUGAGGAAGACGAGGAUGACAUACAUGACACAAAAAGUCUCAUAAAGAAGUAUUAUGAAAGAGAAGAGAAAGAUGGAAAAGAAGGUCCACAGUCAAGACCAGCCAGUGGUACAAGGAGCAAUAGAAACUCUUGGGAGUCCUGGUUGAAAUAUGGUGUUGCUGCAGCAGCUGUUGGAAUAGGUGUAUGUUACUCACUUGUCAGACAGUAAUCAAGGCUAAAGAUGGAAAAUAUCCCAAGUCAGUGAUAGGCAUUUGUUUGGAAGGGUUGACUUCACCAAAGUCUUGCUGACAAUGAAGAUAAUAAUCCAACUACUUCUUUGCAGUUGACAGGGGGUAAUUGUUCAUGGGCAGGACCAUAGCUUAGAAGAGAAGCAGAAUGAAGGAGUAACUCCUUUUGCAAUAAUGAGUGUGUGUAUUUUAUGCACAGUAUAUUGGUGUAUGUAGGUAGUUUUAACCAUCCAACACCAGUAGUGAAGAAACUUAAAGAGUGGGUUAUUAAAACCCUUUUAAUCUAUUGAGUUUAGUCAAUUAAUUGGAUUAUUGAUGUAUUAAUGAAUAAUUAAGAAUAGAAGGAUAGGUUUCAUAAAUCUUUUACAGUAACCUAAAUAAGAGUUAAUACAAUCAUGAGAAUUCUUUGCAAGCCUUUAUGUGGUUG